UCUAUUGAGUACACAGAAUAAAAACACCUUGCUUGCACUGGCUGGCACGAAUGUAGUGUAACUAUGCGCACGGAUCUAUGACCACCCCACCCUUUGAGGGCGCAUCCGGUUUGCUCUUUUCUGUUUUUCUCGUCAUUGUUGUUUGGUUACCGCGGUGGAUGGACACCGAACCAGAACUGCUCCGAUUUGCUGAACUCGGAUGGAAUAACAAACAAGAAGCAUAUAGAGAAGGAGACAGAGUGAUACUUUACAACAAGUUCACGCUGAGACACACUUGAGAUGAAAGACACCCAGGCAAUGGAAACCUGCGUCAGUCCCAAGCACAUGCAGUCAGCAGAGAGCCCGUGGUUCAAGAAAACCGCAAUCAUUCGCCCUUAUCACAACUUACCAAUUCGUCGAAACUCCAUGCAGUCCUGGAGCGAAUCAUCAUCAACCGCAGUUGGACAGCAGGCCGUUCUCCGAAUCGCCGACGCACCUUGCGAUAGCUCACAAGAUGCCACUGAGCCCGAAAGGGUACCACCAGCUUCAUGUGAUGAUAACGUUGGUGAAAAACCAUUCACUGCUGAAAAGGAGCAGACGACAGUUUGCCAAUAUUUUGGCGCGAUAGUGUCGUUUGCGAACCCUCAGCAAAUUUUGAAGGACCAACAGACAACAGCAACAACUUCCACAUUUACACCGAGUAGUCUUGUUAUUGAAGGUAAAGGCACCACCGUUAAUGGAGAACUAUGGAAAAGGACCCCUCAUCACAAGCCAAAGAAAUGGAUGCAGGGUGUUUCUUCGGAUAACCUUGGACAAAAAGCUAACCAAAGUCUUUCAACUGCAACACAUUCCACUCCACUCACGCCAACAACAUCUCAUGAUAAUCAGGUGGUCACUUCAAAUAAAGUCCAGUACUCUAUCCCUUACCACCAUGUACAUCAAUCGACCACCUCUUCAGCCAGUGAGAGGCCGGCAAACCCAAGAGAAACCGCCUCCUCACAAAACCAUAGAAAGCCAUCAAACUUGUCUGAGAUAGAGCAACGCCAGAGAGGUCCGCUCAAAAAGCGUCAUAUCCAUUUCCAACCAGAAUUAGAAGUGUUGGAUUUGAGCGUGAAACGCCUGAAGUCAGAGCCGGGCAGCAAGGUCAUGGGCCAGCAGAUAAAAGACGAAAAGUUCCUGACAAGUUGUGCCCAAUCCUCGCAGAGUGUUGGGGUUAAACCCGUACAUCAACGGCUCAACGAGGGUUUUUAUACUACGGUGAAGCAGGAGAAGCAGUCAGAAGUCGACGAGAUGGUUCAGCCAGAAACCCAAUCUUACAGGGGCAUUUUCCGAACGGGAGAGGGGUUAGAGACGGAACGACUAGACGCGGGAAUCACCCACUCGAACCCGAGGCCCUUGCCCCCGUCAAUUCAAGGCUUCCAACCCGGCGAACUUGGUACUUUUACCGGUACUUUCAGCAAUAUGUAUGCCCCUGGGGGUAUACCCGCACCCCAGUACAACACAGAACUGGUGAGGCGCUGGGUUUUACAUGUGACUCAGAACAAUGAAAUGCACGCCAUGCAACACCUGCAAGCGCAGGUAGUCCCUGAUGCGGAGUCGAACUUUUCAUCCGCAGCGGCCGACGCCAGUCAAGGCAGUAUGGUGCCCAUGCCGAAGUUCGACACCGGUACAAGGGGCCAUCGGAAUGCAGCCUCCUUUCAUGAGAAGCCGUACGCAUGCGAGCACUGCUCGUCGACGUUCAAGCAUCGCCACCACGUCGUAAGGCACAUGCGUGCGCACAACGGCGAGCGUCCGUUCCACUGUCCGGACUGCGGUGCGGCGUUCGCACGCAAGUGCGUCCUGACCAAUCACCGUCGUACGCACACUGGGGAGAAACCCUACAUCUGUACGGAGUGCGGCGAUACGUUCAGUCGCAAACACCACCUCGUGAUCCACCAGCGGACGCACAGUGGCGAGAAACCGUACCGGUGUCUGGAAUGCGGAGCGGCGUUCGCAAGAUCACACCACGUCAACCGGCACCGUAGGACGCACGAGCUCAACAAGGCGCAAGAGGAGAGUGACACAAUCUCUUUGCCGGGAACCGCCAGGUCACCGAACGCUAGCGAUAUCGAACAUCUUCCAACAACUCUUGCAAAAGUCGGAACAGAACUUAUGGUUCCUCAUCCGGUCGUUAGGACCAACCUUCCGGCACCACAAACAGAUACUCGAAAUGAACUUUUUGUAUUGCCAAAAGAAGUUACUCCGGGUAGUCCGGGCGUCCUUACCGAGUCAGGAACUGAAAGUGUACCGGCUUACACGCGGGAAACACCGGUAACUCAGCAGCCUUCUGACAGUGUUGAUCGCCAAAAUGGGCAGGUACGAGUAGUAUAGCCCUGAAGUGUUAUCCUCAGACAUGCAAAUAACAUAUUCAAAUCACACAAAAUACUAUAAUAAAAAAAUAAUUAAAAAAACACAUAAUUAUUGCUGCAUUUUUGAAAUUUGGCAAUCAUAAUAUUACCAGUGUUUGGUUGACAUGACCACCACAUCAAUGUUGUUUUAGGUGUAAUAUUUGUCCUACUUCCGAGUUUGUGGGCCCUUUGAAAAAUCAGGAAAAUUGUGAUGAGUUAGCCUGACAAGUCUAUAGAGCUACAGCAUAGUGUUGGUCAGUACUCGAUAAAAUGGCAUUACGUUUAGUCAUACUUUUUCCCAAGGACCAAAUUAUAUCUUGCCUGAUACAACGACUCCGAUGAAGCACUGACGGUGCUGAAAAAAAGUAAUACAAAUUCUAAAAUACACAUUGUUUGAAAGAAAGGGCUUUUCUUAUCAAAUAAAAAGAAUGAAGUAUGAGACGUUUUCAAUGACUUCAUUGUGACGUUAUAAAUCCAAGCUACGUCAAUGUGCCACUCGUUUUAAAGGGAGUGCAUAUAUUAUAAUAGGCCUACCUUUGGGUAAUUAUUGACCAUAAAACUAUAUACUCCGUAACAAGCACUGGUAAUGAAUAUCAUUUUGAGAAACAAACCUUCAGAGGAAUGUGUGUUCCUAUUACGGAUUAUUCUUCUUAUAUGUGAGGACAUAACCGCUCCAGAUUUUUUUGCAAUAUCUCAAAAACGCUACCACCUUUUGAAAUGAAUUUUUUUAACAGGUUUGUGUUAAUGAAUACAUUACAAUAGGAUUUAAACGAUUCAAAAUACCAAAGGUUAUAAAUUGCCUUUCAGUGUGGCAGUUUCACACAAUAAUUCAAGGCAGCUUUUAUAAUAAAGCUCUGCAUUAUUUUAUGUGAAGUGUGUGCGGGGAAACUCAAAGCAAAAGCUGUCUAGACCUCACUUGGUUAACCUAUUUUUCUCUGCAAAUAUAUCCUCCUCGAUCACAAAUGUAGAUUACGUAUUUUAAUAUAAGGAUGGAUUCAAUUUAACUCCAUGAAACGGAGAGCACAUAAUACUAAUUGGCCACCCCCUCUGGUUUAGGACAGCAGACGUUCACAAAAGGUCAACCCAGUAUAUUUAGGGAUAUCUUUGAACUAUAUCUUUUAUUGCAACAUUAUAGCCCUAUUUAUUUGAAAAGGUCAAGCCCAGUUUGAAAUCAAUGCAGGAUCAACUUUGCCUCUAGUGGGGGGACGAAAAUAGUUUUGAGAAGAAAGUUUAUGCCCCACUGAAGUAUUUCCAAUUUGGUCAAUAUUUUAUGGGGGCGGAACCUGCGGUCUGAAUUGAGGGGGCGGGGCUAGGAAACGUCCCCUCUCGAAUUAAUUGUCACCACAUUGUGUUACGACGUAAUGGGAAUUCUUGUUUAAUUUUCUUGUUAAUUAUAAUGUGGUGUUAUCCCAUCUGAUUUGAGAUUUUUUGAUUUUUUUUUUCCAAAGUGAUUUGGGUUUUAAAAAACAGCAGCUGGGCCAAUCUCAUAUAGAGCAUGUGUGAACACAAACACUUACUAAGAAAAGAAAACUCUUGCUUGGCAAAAAUAGGUUAUCUGCCAAAAUACCACAUUAUGUUACCAUCGCUGUGACUGAAAAUCUUGAGAACAACCGUUGGAAAACUAUUUCGUGCUUUGGCAGUUUUUGGCUUUAAAACCGAAUUGGGGCACUGACGUUUUUAAUAUACAGUAAACCCUAAGUUAAGGUGAGUGGAAAACCUACACACACAAUAAGGGUAAAUAGCCACAGAAUAACGUUGUUCCCCACGAUAUACCAAGGGCUUCGCAAAUCAAGGGGUGACCCGGUGAACCUACAUGGCUAUGAUCCGAAUACUCAUGACAUCCAAACACAAUCAACAGAAGCAAAAUCUGAUGUAUAAUCAUUGGUAAUAUUGCGUUUGCAUGGACGAGUCAUAUGACAACUGACACAAAUUGAGCACUCAAAAAAUCCCACAACCAGUGGUGUCUAAAAAAAAAAAAGUAUAAUAAAGUGUUUUACACCAUUAUCACCGAGGCAGUAUAAAUAGUCAACACCCAAGGAAAUCACUCGAUUCAAUGACCCAACCGAAGGAAAAAAGUGAGAUAUUAAAGACUUUGGCUUCCUGUGACUUGAACUUCUCAGGAAGGGGACUUCCGGAAAGUUCCCUCAAAGUUGGAAAGUUCCUUCCAAGUUGUAAAAGCAAAGGACAUUUAUUAUAAAUAGCCAAGCCCGAUCGUCAGGAAAUACAAUCAUGGAAUCUUGUGUGAUUGCAUUUUAUGCAACACAGCUCUGCGGACUAUUAUUAAUUUUAUUCCAGACUUUUCAUUAUUUUGACCAACAAAAUAAGUUAUCUGUUGUUCUUUAUAGGAACACUAAAUGCCGUUUCUGUGUGUGUGGGCGAAGAUACUAAGUAAUAUUAAUAGAGCAACAGGAUAGCACAACAAUUAAGGAAAAUAUUAUAAACUUUCUUGCUUUGGUAGAUGUUAAUAUUCGCAUUGGGGAUUUGGUUUUGACCUCUUAUAUACACUGAUGUGUUAGAGUAGAAAACAAAUUAUAUUUCUUGCUUUGGUGUACUAGUAACACAAAUAUUUUUGAGGUAUUCUAAAAUAUCCAGAGAAUAUACAUGUAUUAUUUAAUAUGGUUUAUUAUUUUGUUGUAAAGUCUUUGAACUCAUUCAUAACCUGUUGCAAUAUCUGACAAACCUGUGGACAAAAUCACUAGGAGCUUUAAUAGACCAUCUGUAAACAACAAACUAAAAGAUUUUUUAAAGGCAGUGGACACUAUUGGUAAUCAAGCAUCAGAAAGCACAAAAC